AUGUCGGCAACCCUCUCGUCUUCGGACAACAUCCACGACCGCGAGCUCGACACCACGCCCAUCGCCGUGGCGGACGGCGCUGGGUGGGACAUCGAGGGCACGGCGCUGCACGUGGCGCGAGGCGGCUUCCGACGGGUCGCGCUGCAGUUCCCCGACUCGCUGCUCUGGCUGGCGCCGCGUGUGCUUGGGCAGCUCGAAGAGGCGGUAGCUCGCACGGCGGCCGAGGCCGGCACGCCGUGUGCGAGCCUCUUUGUUCUUGCGGACACGUCGUUCGACGGCCAGCAGCUUGACUAUGUGGCUGCGCAACACGUGCGCGCCGACCUGCUGGUGCACUACGGCCCGGUCGACCUCGGCGCGACCGGCCCCAUCGCGGCGCGCCUCGUCUUUGGCGACGAGCCCGUCUCGCCCGCCGCCAUCGCGGCCGCCUACCGAUCAAGCUUUGCUCCAGACGAGGCCGUCCUGGUGCUGACAGAGCUGCGGUACGCGCACGCCGCGGCCGCCCUCGCCGCCGCCCUCGCCGUCACGCACCCGGGCGCCAUGGUUGCCACUGCCCAGGUCGAGUGCCACGCCGUGUCGGGAGGCGCCGCCGCAGCUCCGGCCAUGGCAGGCCCCGCAAACAGCUGCGGCGGCACCGCUGCCGCUGCCGCCGAGGCGGCGGAGGCGCUCGGCGCGGCGGCGGUUGGGCUCUCGGGCGGCGCGGACGGCGGCGCGGACGAGCUGCUCGGCCGGCGCUUGCCUCGCAGGCUGAGCCGGGCCGCGCUCGACGGAUGCAGCUUGCUGUAUGUCGGUGCCUGCUCCUCGCCCACGUUGUCCAACCUGCUGGUGCUCCUCUCCGCGUCCCCCGUGUGGGUGUGCGACCCGGCGGACCCUCGCCCGGCGGAGAAUGGGCGCGGUGGCGGCGGCGGCGGAGGCGGCGGAGGCGACGGCGGAGGAGGAGGCGGCGGCGGUGGUGGCGGCGGUGGUGGUGGCGGCGGUGGUGGUGGCGGCGGCGGUGGUGGCGGCGGCGGUGGUGGUGGUGGCGACGGAGGCGAGGAGGAGCCCGCCUUGAGAGUGUCUCGCAUGACGCUCAGUGCUGCGGCGCAGCUGCGGCGGCGAUACUACCUCGCGCGCGAAGUUGCCGUCUUCGGCGUGCUGAUCGGGACGCUGUCGGCGGGGAGGAGGGCGGAGAUGCUGUCUGCACUCACGCGCCUCAUCCGCGCGCGAGGCCGGAAGCACUACGUCUUCCUCAUGGGCAAACUCAACGCGGCCAAGCUGGCCAACUUCACGGAGGUCGGCGCGUACGUGCUGCUCGGCUCGUCGGAGCACUCCCUCGUCGACAGCCGCGACUUUUACCGCCCGGUGGUCACGCCGUAUGAGCUCCUCCUCGCCCUCUCCACCACGCACGAGUGGAGCGGCGAGUAUGUUCUCGACUACGCCCCCCUCCUGCCACGCCUCGCCGCCGCCGCCACCGCCGCAGAGGCCGCCGCAGAGGCGGCCGGCGGCGGAGGCGACUCCGAGGACGAAGCUCCGGACCACUCUCUCGUCUCGGGCCGGCUCUUCAGCGCCGCGGGCGCGCAGGAGCGCCGCGCCGCAAAGAGCGGGCCGGGUCCGCAGCUGGCGGCCGUGGGCGGGGCGCUGGUCGCGCGCGGCUGCCACGACCUCUCUGCCACCUCAGGGGCGGAGCACCUCGCCGGCCGCUCGUGGCGCGGGCUCGAGCAGAGGCUCGGAGAGGAUGAGCCGGCGGCGGUGCGGCCGGGACGCUCCGGCAUCGCCUCGGGCUUUGCGGGGGAGGGGGGCGCGGGAGCGGGCGCGGAAGCGCGAGGAGCCGCCGCGCCGGCGGAGCCCGAGUUGGUGCCGCCGCGGCACGCGGCGGGCGUGGCGGCGCGGCUCACGGCGAGGAGCGGGGAGCGGGUGGCGGUGACGGUUCGAGGCGUCCUGUGA